AUUUCCUUUCACAGAUCUCAAGGGUCUCAGUCGAAAGAGAAGAGAGGAAGACGGAGAUCUAAGCGCCAUGGGAGUUCCGGCCUUCUACCGAUGGCUCUCCGAUCGAUACCCUCUCUCGAUCUCCGACGUAGUCGAGGAGGAGCCCUUCGAUGCCGAUCGAGGCGUCGCUGUUCCCAUCGAUCUCACGAAACCAAACCCUAAUGGCGUCGAAUUCGAUAAUUUGUAUCUCGACAUGAACGGAAUCAUUCAUCCUUGCUUUCAUCCCGAAGGAAGGCCUUCACCUACGACUUAUGAUGAAGUUUUCAAAUCCAUCUUUGACUAUAUAGAUCAUCUAGUUGGGCUUGUUCGCCCCAGAAAGCUGUUGUACCUGGCAAUUGAUGGCGUAGCUCCCAGGGCUAAAAUGAACCAGCAAAGAUCUAGGCGUUUCAGAGCUGCAAAAGAUGCUGUUGAAGCAGCUGCCGAAGAGGAAAGACUGAGAGAGGAGUUUGAGGCUGAAGGAAGAACUCUAGCUCUUAAAGAAAAAUCUGAAACAUCAGACUCUAAUGUUAUAACUCCUGGGACUCAAUUUAUGACUUCACUCUCUGUCGCACUUCAAUAUUACAUACAUUUGAGACUGAGCCGGACUGUGGGAUGGCAGUCUAUGAAGGUUAUCUUGUCUGAUUCAAAUGUUCCUGGUGAAGGCGAACACAAAAUAAUGUCAUACAUACGGCUACAACGCAAUCUUCCUGGUUUUAAUCCAAACACACGGCAUUGUCUAUACGGACUGGAUGCAGAUCUAAUAAUGCUUUCUCUUGCUACUCAUGAGAUUCACUUCUCAAUUUUGAGAGAGGUGAUCACAAUGCCAGGGCAACAGGAGAAAUGCUUUUCCUGUGGUCAAAUUGGACAUCUUGCAGCUGAGUGUAGAGGUCCUGAGGUGAAUGACAAGGCUGUGGUUGACAUACCCAUUCACAAAAAGAAAUAUCAGUUUCUGAAUAUCUGGGUUUUGCGAGAGUAUUUGGAGAAUGAUUUGGCAAUACCAGAUCCUCCAUUUGAAAUAAACUUUGAACGGAUUGUGGAUGAUUUUGUUUUCAUGUGCUUCUUUGUGGGAAAUGACUUUCUACCACACAUGCCCACUUUGGAGAUUCGUGAGGGUGCAAUCAAUCUGCUUAUGUUUAUCUAUAGAAGGGAGUUUGCAACAAUGGGCGGUUACCUGACAGAUGCUGGUGAGGUGUCACUGGAGAGGGUUGAGCAUUUUAUUCAGUCAUUUGCAGUUUAUGAAGAACAAAUUUUUCAGAAGCGUGCUCGUAUUCAACAGGCUUAUGAGAAUAAUGGUGAAAUGAAGCUAAAAUUGCAGAGGGAAACUUCCGAGGAUGUUCCACCUAUGCCCGUAGACAAGGUAAAAUUAGGCGAGCCUGGUUACAAGGAAAGGUACUAUGUUGAGAAAUUUGAAUUGGAAGAAUCAGAAUCAAUUGAUGACAUCAAGAAAGAUGUAGUACAAAGAUAUGUGGAAGGUCUUUGUUGGAUCAUGCGAUAUUACUACCAAGGUGUUUGUUCUUGGCUAUGGUUUUACCCAUAUCAUUAUGCCCCUUUUGCGUCUGAUCUCAAAGGUCUGGCAGACAUGGAGAUUACUUUUUUCCCGGGGCAGCCAUUUAAACCGUUUGAUCAGCUGAUGGGUACACUACCAGCUGCAAGCUCUGAUGCGCUGCCUAAGCUGUAUGGAUCGCUGAUGACUGAUCCGAAUUCACCCUUAAGAGAAUUUUACCCUAAAGAUUUUAAGAUCGACAUGAAUGGCAAACGCUUUGCAUGGCAGGGUAUUGCAAAGCUUCCUUUCAUUGAUGAACGACUUCUGCUUUCUGAAACAAAGAAGCUUGAGGACACAUUGACAGAAGAAGAGAAGUCUCGUAAUAGAACAAUGUUCGACAUACUUUAUGUUUAUGAAAGACAUACUCUAGCAGCACAAGUUGCAUCACUGUAUCAUCUUUACUCUCAGUCACAACUGCAAGGACAGCCGUAUUGUAUUGCGAUCAAUCCAGCGUAUAGUGAUGGAAUGAAUGGGUUCCUAUGUUUAUCUGAAAGGAACAGUUACAAUAUAUCAAUACCUUCUCCAAUUGGAGGGUGGAGCACCAUUGAAAAUAACCGAGCUCUAAAUGCUACCUAUCUCAACCCUAAGCAUCAUCAACACAUCCCCGAACCGCCUGAAGGUGUGGUAAUGCCAGUGAAGACUGUUAAGCCCCAAGAUAUGAAGCCUUUCCCUGUAUUGUGGCAUGAAGAUAAUCGUCGUAAUCAAGCUAGAGAAAGGCCUCAGGUUGCUGGAGCUAUAACUGGUCCCCUGCUAGGAGCGGCAGCACAUCGUUUGGUAAAAAACUCUCUACAGGCCAACUUCAGCGGCAAUUCACGAUUUUUAGACACACCGAAUAGGAAUUAUCCGCAAAUGGUUGCCAGGCCUAGGCCAGCUGGUCCUCUAGGAUAUGAGAGAGGUUUUCAGGAUGCUAAUCCUUAUCAUAACUAUUCUGGUCCUAACCCCCGAGCUCAUUCAAAUUCAAGGCCAGUUAAUUUCUCCAAUGAGACACACAGGCAAAACUAUAGAACAGAGGAGAGAACAAACUCUUCGCAAGAUCAAUACUACAACCUUAGAACUGGGAUGUCAACAUUAGCAGUUCAAGAGGGAACAAGCUCUCAGUCACAUUCAAGGGCUCAAAAUGCUGGUUUUGGGACAAAUCAGCAACAGCAAUCUUCUGGUCUUUUCUGGGAUCAUCAUCAGCCGCAGCAAGUCCACAGUCCUGGUCCACCACCUUCAUUGCCGCCCACAAAUUGGAUUGAUAGGCAACCUAAGUAUGGUUAUAGCAAGCAAGAAGUCUCAUCCAAGGCAGUAUAUGAUAAUAAACAGCAGCAGCAAGUAUACAGGAUCAAACCACGUGCGCCGGAAAAUCAAUCAGACUUUAGAAGGCAGUAUUGAGUUUAGUUUCAUUAAUGUUCCUUCUGUACUUUUUUUUAUUGUGAUGUUAUACAAAAGGUAACAAUCUUUAGAUAUUAAUCAGAAAUUUGUCACUCUUAGAUGACCUUGUACUAGCUGAUAGAAGUAACACGCAGUAGAGUUAUGUGGUGUCCAAAGGUAAUACAGCAGGCGACGCAGGUUUAAAAAUUGUGUAUGGAAAUGCUUUGCACAGAGGCUGGUUAUUGUGGCUCAUUGUACUGUUACAAACAUUGUCCGUUGAAUCUUCUCAUAUGUUGGAAAGUCUAAAAUUGUGUUCUGAACUGAA